CCCGCCCCGGCGGCCACGGGCGGGGCAGGAAGGCGGCCGGGGGCGCUCCCGGCUCGGUGCCGCUUCCCGGUGCCCGUUAUCCGUUCCCUUUCCCGGUGCCCGGGAUCGGGCGGCGGGAGCCCCGAGGAGUUGGGGAGCGCUCGCCCCGUCGGGUGUGACCCCCCCGGAGCCCCCCCGAUGCCCGGCCCCGCCAUGGCCGGCGCUUACCGGGAGCGGGCCCUGACGGUGCUGCUGCUCUUCGGUGCCCUGUCCGCCGUCAUGGCCCUGCUCUCCUCCAACCUCCUGCUGCAGCUCUCGCAGGGACAGUACUUGGAAUUGCCGGGGUGGGCGAGUCGCCCGAUGGAGGUGGCGGAGGCCACGCUGGCCGCGCUCUGCCUGAUGCUCAACCUGAGCUGCCUCCUGCUCUGCCUCCUGCACGGCCACCUCGGCACCGAGCUGGGCCGGGGGCAGCCCGGGCACGACCGGGCUGACAGGUUCCUCCAGGACACCAGGAAGGUCCGUCACGCCGCCCUCGGCCUCUUCUGCUUCGGGAUCUGCUGUUACCUCACAGCUCUCGGCCUGCACAUGCUGAGGGUGUGGGCGCUGAGGGUCGGAAUUCCCACCGCCUGCGCCCUGUUCUCCGGGAUCAUCGUGCUGCUCAUCACGGUGACCCACACCCUGCUCCGGGCGCUCCGCGCGUCCCGGCACCGCCUCCCCGGAGCCUCUCCCGGCCCCUACGAGAACGGCGGCGACUCCUCCGACGGGGCCGAGCCGCGGCCCCGCCCCGACAUCCACCGGAAAUUUUCCUUCCCGGUUUUCCUGGAGAGCAAAUCCCAGCCGGGUUUCGGCACCAGCAGCGGCUCCUCGGGCAGGGAGGGCUCGGAGCAGCCCCGCGCGCACAGGACGCUGUCGGCGGAGUCCGGGAUGCUGCAGGCGCAGGGGAAAGCCUGGAAUGUCAUCCCGCCGGAGAUGGGGGACGCGAUGGCGAGAAAACCCCCGGGCAAGGACCUCACGCUGGUGUGAGGGCAAGGGGGGGGGACCCUCUCCAGGCCUCGUCCCAGGGGCAGCUGAAGGCGCCGGGGCUGGGAUUUUGCACCCCCAGGUCGGAGCCCGCACGGGGUCGGGGCUCGCGAAGCUGCUCCUCCCUCCCUCCCCUCCUCCUGCUUUGUGCCUUUUUGCUGCUUUUGCUGAAUAAACCACCACUUCUGCUC